AUGGAGGGGCUGCUGACAUCCAGGAAUGAGGACAUCUCCCUGCAGAACUUAAGCGUGAGGCUGUGGGAGCAGCUCAUCCACUUCCACGUGAUGGGGCCGAUGUAUUCACUCUUCCCGUGGGUGGGCGCAGUGCCCAACCUGAGCAACCUCACCAUGGCCAUAUGCAGCCAUUAUGACUCCAUUCUAGUGUCUAUUUCCCUUCUUGGUGAUACCUCUGACAUGACCUCCAACUGUCUUGCUCAGAUAUUAGCUAGGAAGACCAAAAACCCCCCAAAAAACAAAACCCCCCCAAAACAGGUAUUUGUCAGCUACAGUCUUCAUAUACAGACAGCAACUUCACACUGCUCCUAG